AUGAAGAAAAUCGCCAAAAAAAUCAAAGGGAAAAGAAAGCAAAGGUACAAGAAAUCAGCUGAAAAAAAGGGUCCUCGAACCGGUGAGGCAUACCAAGCAGAAAUUCCACCUUUAACAUUGAAUUAUGAUUGCAACUAUUCUCUAGAGAUUCCAAAUGAAACUUUAGAGACAAAUAACUUCUACAAAUAUUCAAAUGAUACUUGGAAUAAAAUUGAAGAAGCAAGUUUAAUGCUUGGCUUGUAUAUUUUUGGAAAGAACUUUGCUCAAGUGAAAAGAUUUAUUGGUAGCAAAACCAUAGGUGAUAUCCAAACUUUCUACUAUACAAAAUUCUACAAGUCUGAGGAUCACAAAAGGUGGAAAGUCUAUAGGAAAGCAAGAGAGGAGAAAUAUGUUUAUAGGCAAACACUUUUUACAACACCAACACAUCAAUACCUUUUAUCUCGUUUACUCAACAAGGAUUAUGCGGAAUGCUGCGAAAAAUUACUCCAGGAUUUCAAGAAUUUUCAGGAAAACAAAUGGUCUCUAGAAGAUUAUGUUAUUGCUUUGAAGGAUUUGGUUGGACUUGAAGCUCUUGUCAAUGUAGUUGGAAUUGGAAAAGAAGAUGAUCUUUCAAAUCUUACUGCAAAUUCUAUGAAAGAUCUCCUUGCUAAAGUUGUUACACAUCCUGAACUAAUAAAAGAUCUUGCUUCUCAAAAUGGUUCAAAUGAAUCAAAUUAUGUUGGCGCCAUGUACUUGGAUAAGGGGAGCACUACGGUGAAUGAUUUUGCUGAGAUCAAAUUUGAUGACCAUGAGAAUCAAUUUAGUGAUCGACAUGUAGAAACUUUGAGAAAGAGUAGAAGACUCCCAAAACCAUCAACGAAAGCAUUAGAAGCUGUUGUUGAUAAGUACAAAGAGAAGACAAGUUGCAAAGGGAGACGAGAUGUAGAAACUUUGAAGAAGAGUAGAAGACCUGAAAAACCAUCAAUGAAAGCAUUAGAAGCUGCUGUUGAUAAGUACAAAGAGGAGACAAGUUGCAAGAGCAGGCGAGGUGUAGAAACUCUGAGGAAGAGUAGAAGAUCCCCAAAACCAUCAACAAAAGCACUAGAGGCUCUUGUUGAUAAGUACGAAAAGGAGAAAAGUUGCAAGAGGAGGCAAGAUGUAGAAACUUUGAGGAAGAGCAGACGAUCCCGAAAACCAUCGAUGAAAGCACUAGAAGCUGUUGUUGAUAAGUAUGAAGAGGAGGCAAGUUGCAAGAGGAGGCGAGAUGCAGAAACUUUGAGGAAGAGUAGUAAACCCUCAAAACCAUCAAUGAAAGCACUAGAAGCUGCUGUUGAUAAGUACGAAGAGGUGACAAGUUGCAAAAAGAGGAGAGAUGCAGAAACUUUGAGGAAGAGUAGAAGACCACCAAAACCAUCGACGAAAGCACUAGAAGCUGUUGUUGAUAAGUAUGAAGAGGAGACAAGUUGCAAGAGGAGGCGAGUGUAA